AUGUCUGCUAUUAACACUACCCCUGAUGCAUCUGGUGCGGUCACCGUUGACAGCACUAACACCAACACUCCUGUUGACGCCAAACAAGAAGCUCUCCAGAAGAAAGCCUCCGAGAACGAGGCCAAGCGCAUUGAACAGGUUGCCAUUCAAAGGCGGAAGUCCGAGAUGGCCAAGAACAAGGCCGCGCAAGAGCUGGCAUCCAAGGGCAAGAACGCGGUUCUCAAGGCCCAGCCUAACCGACCUACACGUCGACCUGUGAAGAAGAACCGAAAGCCGCUUCCCCCUCCUGCCAAUCGGACUCACGAGAGCGAAGCAACUAUGGAGAAGACGAAAGCUAGCGCUGAAGAGAAACGUCUUGCCCCUCUGCGGGUUGUUCGCCCAAGCUACAGCUACAGCGACAUCGUCGAGCAGCGCAUUGUCGACGGCGUGGUUGAGCGCAUCACUCAUACCAAAGAACCUACCUUCCAGUCCGCUGAUGCGCCCAAGACUGCGCAGUCUGACACUGACAUUGAGUCAGAUAGGGCCACGGACCCCGAUACUGAGUCAGACGAAGACGCUCCUCAGUUCGUCCAAGAGCUUGCCUCUCCUGAGCAGGUUACUGUCCCUGGAGACGACGACAACUUUGCCGAAGCUUCCAGUAUCACUGCUCUGCCCCACAUCUACAUCACUGCUCCGAUAGAUGAUGCGGAUGAGGAACCUCCGAUGAAUGAAGAUCUGGCCGAGGCAAUUGAUACGUCGUCCGAGCCGACCAAGGAGACUGGCGCUGAAAGGUCGACUUGUAGCCCUUCGGCGAUUCUGUCCAUGCCAAACUCGACUCUUUACCCUUCGCGCCUAUCCCGCGACGAAGAGGCUAAGUUGGUCGCUAUGCACGUCGCGCCCAUCGUACUGCCGGUCGCUGAAGCCAAGCAGCAGAAGCUUAGCAAGGCUGGAAAGAAGGCCGCUAAGACAUCUGAGGCAUCUAAGGAGGUGGCUACAGUUGGCUCCGACUUGACCCAGGAACCUCCGGAACCCAACUCUGCCGAGAUUACGAUAGAUAUUGUUGAGCCCAUUGUCUUAACCGAAGAAUCCGCAUACGUCGCGACACUUCUAGCGAGGCCCAAUGGCUCUGGUGUGAUCUCAGAGGACCGCGAUCUCCACGAGAAGCUCAUCGCGCUUCAUGUCGCUCCUCUCUCGCUGCCAGUCACUGCACCCAAGCAGCAGAAGUUCAACCGCAAAGCUACCAAAGCCAACCUCCAGAUGUCUACUCCGAUUGAGAAGAAGGAGCCUGACUUUAUCGCCUCUCUUCUCUCCAAGUCUAACGGCCAAGGCGAGACCCAGGAGGCGCGCGGCUUUCAUGAGAAGCUGGUUGCGCUUCAUGUCACUCCUCUCUCGCUACCGGUCAUUGCGCCCAAGCAGCAAAAGACCUCAAAGACCGAGAAGAAGGCUACUAAAGCUGACAAGAAGAAUUUCGUCGCUACGGAGAAGAAAGAAUCCGACUUUAUCGCCUCUCUUCUCUGCAAGCCAAACGGCCCGGGUGAGGCCAAAGAGAUUCGCGACUUUCACAACAAUCUUGUGGCUAUGCACGUAGCGCCACUCGACUUUUCGGUUUCUGUACAACAGGAUAAGAAUAAGGAAGCCGAGAAGGCCAACAGGUAUAUUGAGACUUGGACCGCUGACCCUGAUGCCGUUGAUCCACUGAUCAGAAGCAUGGUGCCUCCCAUUACUGAGGAGCCUAUCUCUGCUGUUGAGAAGCUGAGUACAGAUGAUGCAACGCGCGACGAGCCGUCUGUCGUCAUUGCGACUCCCAUCCAUGGGUUCUGGCAAACUGUUCUCUCCAAGACCCCUGCCGACGAAGCCACCACCGUCGAGCAAACCGUCAUGAUCCCCGACUCCGCCCCGACCACCACCCCUACGACCUCCGAUAAUAACGACUCAUCCUCGGAGUCCGACACCAUCAAAUCAUUCAGAACCUCCUCAACGCACUCCACCCCCUCCAUCCGCCACGCAGCCUCAAAAGCACGCACAACCCUCCUCGGCGCCACCUCGCUAGAAACCUUCAUCACCACCCUCGACUUCGAACUCUGGGAUGGCACAACAACCAAAGAAGACAUCUGCGAGGCUUUCGCUUCCUUAGCCGGUCACCCCACAACUGCGACUACUGGUCUGGAUACCGCUAAGACCCAGCGGAAGAUCAAAUUGGGUAGUACUUCCCUAUACGCGUUCCUGCGGCAGAUCACGUUCAUGGAAGAUGAGGUGACGGUUGUGGGGGAGGUGAUGAGGGUGUUUAGGAAGGCGGCGGGGGAUCAGGUGACGGAAACGAAACUGGAGGUUGCGCUGUGGCUUGCGGAGGAGACGGAUGAGGGCAGUCAGCGAGGCAGGCGGUCAAAGCGGGCUUCUCUGGCUGGUGGGGUCUAG